AUGGCUACCGGUUGGACAGCAUACGCCUACUAUCCCUCCGUGGGAGGCGCCGCGGUUAUGAUCAUGCUUUUCCUGGCCGGCGUUAUUGUUUUCACGUAUCAGCUUAUUCGAACGCGAGCAUGGCUGACCAUUGCGGCCUUGAUUGGCGGACUGUUUGAAACAGUCGGUUAUAUCGGUCGCGCCAUGUCCGGAAACCAAUCCCCCAACUGGACGCUGGGCCCCUAUAUCAUUCAGAGCACCCUUCUCCUCAUUGCCCCGGCAUUGUUCGCUGCCACCAUCUACAUGAUCCUCGGCCGGAUUAUCGCCCUCGUGCAUGGAGAACACCACUCGAUCAUCCGACUGAAAUGGCUGACAAAAAUAUUCGUGGUCGGGGAUUGCGCCGGAAUCAUGGUCCAAUCCAAAUCCGCGACCGAUAAUACAGGCGAGAAUGUCAUCAUCGGUGGACUUCUAGUGCAGAUCAUUUUCUUCUGCUUCUUCCUUGUGGUCGCCAUCAUCUUCCAACGUCGCAUCUACCGGCACCCUACCGUGCGCUCCGAAUCGCCGAUGAUUCCAUGGCGCAAGCACUUCUUCUCGCUGUACGCGUCCAGCUUCUUGAUUCUUAUUCGAUCCAUUGUACGAUUCAUCGAGUAUAUCCAGGGACAGGAGGGAUACGUAAUUACCCAUGAGGCUUUCAUCUAUGUCUUCGAUGCGGUCCCCAUGUUCCUGGUACUGUGUAUUUUGAUCCGGUUUCAUCCGAGUGAGAUAAACGGGCUGCUGGGAAAGUCGAGGGUGGCAGCAGUGGGCUACGGGCUCCGGUUUGUCGAUGUGUCUCCUGCAAUGUAA